UACAAUAGUUUCAAAUUUGUGAUCUUUCUCUUUGCAUUCACAUUCAACAAGAAACAGAAGAAUGGCUGCAGUUACUCUGGAUGCAAGUUUAAGCAUAGAAAUGCCCAGAGAUCCUAAUCAGCAUGGCUCUGUAAUUGAAGAGAUCGAAGGGCUUAUUAAAGUCUACAAGGAUGGACAUGUGGAGAGACCUCAAAUUGUUCCAUGUGUCACAAGUGCAUUGGCUCCAGAACUCGGCGUCAAUUCGGAAGAUAUAGCCAUUGAUAAGUCCACAAAUAUAUGGGCACGUUUCUAUGCUCCAGCAUCACAGAAAAAGCUCCCUUUGCUUCUGUACUUCCAUGGCGGUGGAUUUUGUGUAGGCUCAGCUGCUUGGAGUUGUUACCAUGCGUUCUUAUCAAAGCUAGCAAAUAGAGCAGAGUGCAUAAUCAUGUCUGUAAAUUAUCGAUUAGCCCCAGAAAAUCCUCUCCCCGCCGCCUAUGAAGAUGGGUUAAAGGCCUUAACGUGGCUAAAACAAGCGGCACUAUCUGAGGUUGGUGACUGGUGGUCAAAAAAUUGCAACUUUGCAAGAAUCUUCUUAGCCGGUGAUAGUGCUGGUGCUAAUAUAGUCCACAAUGUAGCCAAGAAGCUCUGUUCAAUAGUUUUAAAGCCUUUAGCUCUCAAGGGUACUAUUUUAAUUCAACCCUUUUUUGGAGGAGAGGCACGCACAAAUUCAGAAAAAAAUUUGACGCACCCACCUCGGUCGCCGCUGACCUUGGCGGCCUCUGAUACAUACUGGCGACUAGCGCUGCCAUGUGGGUCUAACCGUGACCAUCCAUGGUGCAAUCCAGCGGUGAAGGAGUCGACAAUGCAAGGAGAUGUGAAGCUUUUGCCAACUAUGGUGUGCAUAUCAGAGAUGGACAUAUUGAAAGACAGAAACCUGGAGUUUUGCGGUGCUUUAGCAAGAGCAGGUAAAAGGGUUGAGCUUGUGACGUACAAAGGUGUAGGCCAUGCAUUUCAGAUUCUGAGUAAGUCUCAACUAUCUCAAACUCGAACGAGUGAAAUGAUUCUCCAUAUCAAGGCCUUCAUUAGCCGGUGAACCAUUAUUUCUCUCCGAUAUUAGACACUAAUUAAUUUUGUAUUUGGUAGGUUUCGAGUAAUUAAUUAAACUUGUUCCUGGUUAAU